CGAGGGGCCCGGGUAUAUAAAACAGCUGAUCGGCGCAGCUGUCAGUAUCAGUCAGUAAUAAAACUUCGCGCGAACAUGAAGGUUUUGGCUCUAUUCCUGCUCGUAGCAGUUUCCUGCGUUUUAGCGGAAGACAGUUACACGACCAAGUUCGACAAUGUCGAUUUAGAUGCGAUCCUAAGGAGCGAACGUCUGCUGAAGAACUAUGUCAACUGUCUGUUAGAUAAGGGUUCCUGCACGCCCGACGGCAAGGAGCUUAAAGAACACCUUCCGGACGCACUGGAGACCGAGUGCAGCAAGUGCAGCGAGAAGCAAAGAGAGGGUACCGAGAAGGUUAUCCGGUAUCUAGUAAAUAAGAAACCAGCAACAUGGGACCAACUUAAGAAGAAGUACGAUCCUACUGGCGAAUACUCUCACAAGUACGAAAACCAAGCACACGAGCACGGAAUAAAUGUGUGAAUAAUUUAAAUCUUCUUAUCUCAGUCGAAAAUAGAACGUUGAGAAAUCUGUCUUUCCUUUUUUUCCUUUUUUUUCUAUACCGCGCGGAUUAAAUAAAUCCAUCAAUUUUUUUUUCGUGUACAACUCUUCUUCUUAAGUCUUCUCUCAACGCAGAAUAUCGAAAGUUGUUAAAAAGAAAAAUUUCGUAAAUUUUAUUGUUGCAACAAUUAUGUUAGCUUAAAUAUAAUAAAUAGAUUCCCGUUAAAAAAGGGAAUUCCAAA